AUGGAUGAAUUCAUUAACUGGGAUCAGGUCGGGGGUGCCCCUCUCACCGACCCGUUCGACCCGUCCGCCCACAAUGUCGGAGGCAACGACCCCAGUCUUGACAUCGACCUCGCCCUUGAAAAUGUUAAUGAUGACGACUUUGGCUUCUUUGCCCUGCAGCACUUCUCCGGUGAACAAGCGCUUCCGGGCAUGCUUGCCUCCGAGCUGGACCCCGUCCACUUCGCCCUUGACGCGGAAGGGGGCAGCUUAGGACCCAUGUCUGCAAAUUGCUUUGGAAUCCCCCCGGUCCCCUGUUUUCAAUGCGCCGGUGCUGGCUAUCAUUGCAAAAUCAUCCGGGAGGGUCAGCAUAAAGGCUACUGCACAAGCUGCGUUGCCCUCCGGCUUGAAUGUAGUCUUGCUGCGGAGUUGACCACUAGUUUCUCUGAACCGAUUGACCAACAACCUUCCUGGGCGGCUCGACUCGAGCAGGCUAGCCUUGAUUUCUCACUUGACCAGAACCCUAACACCACUACCACCAUGAAUCCCACCAACGAAGCCGCCUUCAAUCCUUCUCAGACCGAGCAAAUACUGUCCAGGAAUCUCUCUGGAGCAGGAACCCAACUCACUCCCAGCCAACUUGCCACUCCUGCCCUGGGCAAGAUCGGUGCGCGGUUAUCUAGGGAAUCCAUCCGCAUUCUUCGGCAGUGGCUCUCGACACAUCAAAGACACCCUUACCCUAGCGACGAAGAAAAGGACAUGCUGCAGCGCCAGACUGGCCUUACAAAGACUCAGAUUACGAACUGGCUGGCCAACGCUCGCCGGCGCGGCAAGUUCCCUACUCCAGGACGAUCUACUUCGCCACAGGUCGGUUUUGGUUUCGGUACACCCGUCGAUAUCCCAGUUAGGAGGGCUACGCCAGCAUUAGAAAGCAUGAACCCACUUCAGCGAUGGGUUGACUCGCCCCCGGAGCACGAACCUGCCUCGGCCAUAGCCAUUGCCAGGGCCGUCACGGCAUCUACCGUUUCCUCUGACAGGGCAACGCCUUCCAGCCAUGUCUAUACCGAUGAUGGGUCUGGACGCUCCCUCCACGGGUCUUCGGCAAGUAGUGUGGGUACAUCACACUCUAGCGGCGGCUCCUUUGCGUCUGCCUAUUCGCAUGCGUCCCGAGGGUCGUUCGGCUCGUUUAGUUCGUUUGGCCGCAACAGCCGCCGACGGAGAAGGCGCAGGAAUGCGCCCAAGGGCGUCAGUGAGAAGGCCCCCUUAGCCGCUCCACUGAGGACGUACCAGUGUACUUUCUGUACCGAAACGUUCAAGACGAAGCAUGACUGGCAGCGACACGAAAAAUCUCUUCAUUUGUCUCUCGAGAGGUGGGUGUGCUGCAACAAAGGCCCAAAAGCUGUGAAGCCGGAUAUCAAGAUUAUGGCCUGUGUGUUCUGUGGGGAACCGGAGCCUACGGAUGAGCAUAUCGAAACCCACAACUAUUCUACUUGCCAGGAAAAACCCGUGGAGGGUAGGACGUUUUAUCGCAAAGAUCAUCUCAACCAGCACCUAAGGCUUGUGCACAACGUCAAGUUUGUCGAUUGGUCCAUGAAAGACUGGAAAGUGACAACUCCAGAGAUCCGGUCCGUGUGCGGUUUCUGCGGUAUAUCGAUGAACACGUGGAGCAUACGAGUAGACCACCUGGCGGAGCACUUCAAGAUGGGUUACUCCAUGGAGGACUGGAAGGGUGACUGGGGUUUCGAACCAGAUGUUUUGGAGCUAGUCGAGAAUUCGAUUCCACCGUAUCUUAUUCAUAAUGAACGAAAUAGCCCGUUUCCGUACGUGGCCAACAACGCACCUCCGGAGAGCCCGCGAAACGCCUACGAGCUCAUCAAGAUCGAGUUGGAUUUCUUCAUCCAAAGGUCGAAAGAGUCGGGAAUGCCAACAGAUGACCAGCUACAAGUCGAGGCCUGUCGUAUUAUUUUCGCCUCCGAAGUUGUAUCCCUGGAAGGAAUCGCUUCUACCGUCUCGUGGCUGCGAGACCUCAUCAUGGCACCUGCGGGAAUACGAGAACAGGCACAAUUCGGACCUCUUCGAUCGCAGGCAGAAAAUAGAAUGGCUAUCCUGAAGAUUAACGGCAAGGACAAUCUUUUCGAGGCCUGCCCCCUCGAGUUUGAACUCCACGAUUUCGUCAGAGCCAAGAAGCUGUUGGGGCUAACAGCUAUGGAUGACGAACUCCAAGAAGAAGCUUGCCGUCUUGUGGGUAAGAUGGAAGAAGUAUCCACGCACCCAUCGGAAGUCGUGGCCAACUGGCUUAUUCGGGUCAUUAAAAUGUCAACGAACUGGCUUGCCCCGUUCAGAGCGCGAGCCCAGCUGCCGCGGAGCGAAGACAUCUUAGAUUCUAAGCGACGGCCGGCGGAUCCUACAAAGAUCGACUCGACUAUCCACAACUACAGCAGGCUGGAGAGGGAACUUGGAGAGUAUGUUGACUUCCAGAGAUCGCUUGGAGUUGAGCCCACGGAUGCGGACUUGCAGAGGCAAGCGCGUAUCAUCAUCUACGAACUAGAGGACGGUUGGAAUCAAACAGCAGCAGACAACAGCACUUGGUUAGCAGCGUUUAGACGGCGACAUAAUAACCAAGGCCGAUCGCCUAAGGAUGACUCAGGGCAAGACAACUCGCCACAGAGCAAUAGCACGGGAACGCGGUCAACAUCGCAUACUCUGCAGGAAGGGCCGAGGAACGGGUUGUCGGGCGAAGCGACACUUUUGACUCGCGGCAGCGAGCGAAUUGAAACCGGAAAGCUCUUCCUCAACGACGCAAACUGUUAUCGUCGACUGGCUGGGGAGCUGGGUCGAUAUGUUAAGUCGGCCAUGUCGGCGAAGAACCCUAACCAACAUAUCCCUUCCGACGAAGAGUUGCAGCACCAGGCGAGAUGGAUCCUAUAUGAUGACGAUGAUCCCUGGAACCAAACUGCUGCCGACAAUGCGGAGUGGCUUCAACGAUUCAAGCGCGAUGUUGGAAUCAUCAAGGAGGGACCCGGCCUCCCCCCUGCAAAACCAUGGUCCGUCAAAGCAGGUGGCUCAGGCUUCGCGCCGCCGUAUACGUACUUCAAAGCUACUUCAGCUCCGCACUACAAUGAUUCUGUCGUGCAGGUGCCAGUCGGACCAGCCUUCUGCGAGUUCGAGACAUCAACCUCGACGGCGAACCGGUUCAUCGAGACGAUGGGGACCAGAUACCCGAGGCCUGGACGAGUGUUCUGCGCGCGCGAACUCGAGGAGGGCUUGCGGUCGCUGGUGCAUUUCGAAGUCAAAAACAGGGGACAAUUCCCUGAUGACGAAACUCUACGCCAGAGGGGUAGGGAUAUUCUCGGGACGCAAGACACGGCAGCGGAUGACCCAGUGCUUCUUGACAAGUUCAAGACUCUGGUUCGAGAGGAGCUUGGCGGAGUGGGUACCGCAGUGUCGGGGGAGACCUCCCCGAACAUGAUUUUGGCACCCGUUCCGAUCCCGAUCCCGGUUGCGGCUCCGACUCCAGUCCCUGCUUCGACUAUGGGUCCCGCGCUCGGCCAAGCGGUUCUGGAUUUUUCAACCAAUCCUACACCGGGACUGAUGGCGGGAAUGGAUAUUAGUAUGUCGGAUGACGACAUUAAUAAUAUGCUUGUGCAGGACAUGGAUUUUGAUACCAUCUUUGGUCAGCAGAGCAUGGCAAUGGGCGAUGAUGGAUCUUCCCGAUGA